GCUAGGGGCAACACAAGCUCAAGGCGACGCUGUGGCCGACGAUUAACUCGCAGUUUUUAACUAACGUUAGCUUAAUAAGAUUAUUACGGAUGUUUAUUGUUCUAUUUACACUGACUAUUUUCAGUGUUAUAUGUUUUUUUUAAUGUAGAUAAUUGUCACUAAGUGGAAAUGCCACCAAAAGCAGCUAAAAAGGGCUCAGCCAAAACUGGAGCCGCAGCUGUCAACAAGAACUGGGAGGCUGGUCUCACCAGGGCACAGUUUGAAGAGGAGUCAUGGCAAGUCUGUGUGUCUUUGGUGGUUGGAAGUAGUCCGGAGGAUGAGGAACUGACCCAGGUUUUGUCUUUGGCUGUACAGAAACCACGUCGCAAACUUUUUAACUUGUUGACCUGGGAAAGCACCAUUGCCAAGAUCCAUGAACUGGGGAACCCAAAAGCAAAAAGACCUGAUGACGUCCCCAUGUAUUAUGAGGUUACAGAGUCUGCUAAGGUUCUGCUGGAUGCAGGAGAGGAGAUUUCUUGUGACCUGAUGGCUAAAAUACUGAAGUUCCAGCUGCUACAGAUCAAAGCCAAUGAUCAGCAGAGGAGGGAAGCUGAGGCUGAGGAGGAGAAGGCAAAGGGCGGUCCUCCCUCUGCCAGCAAGGACAAAGGAGGGGCCAAGGUCUCUGACAAAAAAGGAAAGAGUCCACCCCCACCUGGGGCACCUUCCAAGGAGAAGAAGACCAAGCUCCAACGCAGGGAUGAUGUUGAGCCACCAAAGUUCAUAGAUGACGAACCGCAGGACGGUCCUCAACACUACAUCCUGCUGCUGGGCUUCUACCAGCCCCACCUGAUUGGGGCCCUCGAUGCCAUAGGGGUACAUGUUGCCAACGUCAUUAAAUUGUGUUCGGAGCGCACACAAACGCCUGAGGGACAGCAGGAACAACACCCCUGUGAGGGCAAUGAGCAGAAUCUGAAAGCUUCUCCUGUUUUGGAUGCAGAAGCAGAGGUUCAUGGUAGUGUAGAGCUGGCUGCGCACGCCAGGAAGUUGGAUCUAUUCUGGUCAGGUCUGAGACCGGUUUUGGACAGCGGGUCAUCACACUCUAAGCUUCAUGAUGUGGUUCAGCUCAGCUACACUGUCCCAGAUCUCCGGCCUCCGUUCCACACACAGUACCCUGAGGCUGAGCUGGAGAUGGGAAGCAGAAUCUUUAAGGGUGUGGCCAAUAUCAUCUAUGAAUGUCUGAGCUGGCGCAGGCAACAUCAGCACUACCUGGACAACAUCAGACUCAUCUGUGUACCCACUGUUGUCGAGUUGGAUCCACAGCCUGCAGAGGUUUUGCCGAUGCCUCUCUCCAUGACUCCAGGCUCCAAGAAGAAAUCAGUGCGGGAGGAAAGCCCACCAGACCAAGAAGCCGAGCAGCCUUCUCUCUCUACAGAUGUGGACAUGCGUUACUAUAGCAACCUACUUGACCUGGUUCCCCCUGAAGCCUGCUCUGUGCCUCUAAUCAUGCACUGUAUGCUGGAACAGGUGGUGAUUUCAACAGAGCAGUCUUUGUCCGCACCGUCCCAUGUGGCUGAGGAGCCCAAACCUCAUAAUGGUGCUGGGUUAGACUAUGAGCUGGUCAGCUUCAUGCUCCAGAGCUUCCUGCCUCUGGUAUACACACAAGAAGAGAGAAGCCACAUGUUAAAGAGCCUGCUGACCAUUGCACAGAAUGAAGAAGACAAGAAGAGGCUAGUGGAGAAGUUUGGAGCAGAGGAGAUGCAGAAGAAGUCUGAGCACCCUCUAGUCAUCAGAUGCCAUGAUGAGAUGGCACUGCGCUUGAGGGAUAUCAAUGCGGUUCAGGGUUUUGAUCCAGCCGAGGUGGAGUUGUCGAUGAUGAGGCGGUCUCCAGUGUGGGAGCUGAUCCACUCUGUAGCUCAGCGGAGGAACAGCAACUCCUGCUGGAUGGCAACUAAACAGCAGCUCCAACACUACUGCACAGAUGAUGUUGUGUCAUGGCUGGAGGUGGAGAGAUUAAUUCAUCAGAGCGUGUUUGAGAGUAUGCCACUGACCAGGCUGGACCAAAAGGGUGUACUACUGAAUGCUCCUGGACAACUGGGAACACUGGAACCAGCAGAGCAACAGACACCCACAAUCAUCCCCUGGGACAACCCACUAUCCUACGCUAAACAGCAGCUUAAUAACCUACGGACUAAAGGUCUGACAUUUCUUACUGAAGAUCCUGGUAACACAGAGCAGAUCAGUGGGAGAGUGUGUUGCCAGCUGGACUUAUCUGACAUUCAGAGUUGUAGGCUGAGAUCUCUGUUUGACUGGCACUAUGCCGAACACCACAAUGCCUCUAUCUUCCCACAGGUACUCCAGUUAGCCUCAGAAGAAUACCGCUGCUUGGACACCUUCAGAGGAAGUCAUAACAACAUCCUGUACAUAUUUUGUCACAAUCCAAUGAGCUCUUAUCGCCAGUGCAAGGACUUCUGGGAUGUAGCCCUUCACACUGAUGUCAAGUUCAGGACGUACCUGGAGCAUGUGGCAGAUAGCAUUUCAGAUUGGACAAAAGAGGAAGAAUUAAAGAGAGAGGCAAUGCAACUCAGAAAUCUCAGCCCUGCUGAGUCUCCAACAGAUGAAAAGGCUACAAAUUCUGCAGAGGAGAAGAAUGCUCUGGAACCGGUUAUCAGAAAAGGCUCCCUUAAAGCCUGGAAGUUGGAGCAGGAGCAGCUAAUGGAGGAAGACACGGCCAAGAAAUCAAAGCAAGACAAUAUACCGAAAGGCAAGCAGCCAAAGGAGGAGGCUUUGUCGAAGGACAUCAAGAAAACUUUGAAGAAGAGCAGAGCAGAGACAGCAGGCAGCUCAGCCAAGACUCCCUCAGAGUCCAUUACUACCACAGUGUCCCCUGUGGAGGAAAACAAAGAACUGCAUUCGACAGAGGAGCUCUUCAAUGGUUUCACAGGCUACAGUAUGGAUGGAAAGUUGAUCCAUGUGUCAGGUCGUUGCCAGUACCUUUUCCCUUCAGAUGGAGGACGCAUCACUGUGGAGAAUGUCAGCUACAUUGAAGGUUCCAGCCUAAUGAAACUGGCUGUGAAGAAGGAUGGGCAUCAUUUCAACACAUACGUCGACCAAAUUGUUGUUGAUCCAGCAAAACCUCUCCCUCAGCCCCAAGACAAAGAAACCAAUGGCAGAAAAGAAGAUUUUAAAAUGUCAGAGCCUGUGGAGAUGAAAAUAGUGAAACAUGGAUCCCUCUCAGCAGUGUUAGACAAUGGAAUCCACCUCUCAUACAGUUUCUAUGGUCCCACAGGAGAAUACAGAGUGAGUCCCCAGGAAACAGAGCAAGGGACCCCAGAGACCUCCACCUUUGCCCCCAUCCCUCUCUCCUCCUCCUCUACCCACCAAUCCAAGGGGACAGACCUGGUGUCAAUUCCCUCCAAGACACACAGCUCAGCCGGCCACACCAGACCUCCAGAGUCCCAGGUUCCACAUAUACACAUGGAUGCACAAAAGCAUACAGUGGGGGAAUCUAAGGUGUGUGAAGGCCGGCCAGCAUUGCUAUCAAGUCCAUUCAACAGUCUGAACCUGUCUGUUCCUAAUGGCCUGCUGCUGCAAUUUCUGAGAGAGGAUACACAAGGAGUGUCCUCAGAAGAGCAGGGCAUGUUGGUGAAACAGGGCUUUCCUCUUCAUGGCAGGGGAGUUGUAGAGCAGCUUCAGGACCCUUCCCUCUCCAAAGAACUGUCCCGCAUUGUCACCAGCCAGGGAACUGUGAUCCGAUACAUGAGAGACGGGUCCACAGAGGUUCUGUUUGCAGAUGGCUCAGUCAGUUUCAGCCAGGAUUCUGGUCCGGUGUGGGUUCCUGACUCUGAGAUUGAGGAGGAAAACACCUCUCAAGAAACUGAGGACAACAAGAAAGAGCAGAGCUCAGAGAAGGAAGCUGAUGCUCAGAGAGGCUGUUGGUUAACCACGACUCCAUCUGGAGCACGCAUCUACACUGUGGGGACCACACACAAACACAUACCCACCACGCCUCUUCUGGCCUUCAAGGCUACAGACCCCAUCACCCAUGAGGUGAUGCUGAGCCGGGAGGAUCUGGUGGUUUCUGUCCAGAACCCAGACAGAUCUAUAAGUGUAGAACAUGCAGACGGAACCAGGAUCACCAGUCUGUACCAAGACAGACCAGCAAGCACACAGCAACACAUACUGCUGCACACAGGGGAUCAGUCUGAGAGUGUGACCCUUAAAUCAACUCCUGAAUGUGCAUGCGGCUGCACUGAGUGUGUGUGUGUCACGCGCUGUGCGGACAGCUUUAAUGAAAACGUGCACAUCCAGGAUACUUGUUACAAUGGAGAAGAGAUAAACGGGGACAGUGCAUGCGACAAGGAGGGUGCUGGACAUGCUCGUACAGUGUCGAGUGAGUGUGAGCAUGAAAGAGAAACUAGUGUGUAUAAGAAUGGCGAGGAGAGCGUGUUUGCCGAAGACACGGUGGCUGAGAAUGGUAAGAGGAGUGGAUAUGAGAGCGAUAAGGGGAGUGUGCUUACCAAGGAGCGGGUGGUGUUGGUGGAGAAGGAGGGCUGCGCCACAGUGGUGAUGUACCCAGAGCGACACACGGCUCACGUCUUUUUAGCAGAUGGAACUGUCAUCACUGGAAACAACCAAGGAGCCUAUCAGGUGUUCCCAUCCAGUGUGGGUCUCCUACAGAUCCAAAGUGAUGGGAAAUGUGUGUACUCUUCCGACCCACUUGUAACCCCCAGUCCAAAGGGUGGCACUCCUACAAACCAACCAGGAAGCUACACCAUGAGUCAUACAGACACAGUGGCCUGUGACAUUACAGACCCUGAUGGGAACCACUUCCAGGUGAUGGAAGAUGGGCAGUUAUCAGUUUUCAACUGUAGCCCUGCUCCAAGCACACUUAAACAGGACGAGGAGGAGCCAGAGGAGGAGGAGGAUAGAGAAAUGGCCAGGAUUAAUGUAAAACACAGAGAACAUUGUCCCAGGCUGUUUCUGGUGCAUGAGAACGGCUCAGGUACUGAACUACUGAGCUCUCAAACUGUAGAGGAAGUGCUCUACCAGGCGUAUUCUGACCCUACCAUAGCAGUGCUGAAGGAACCACUGCCAGACGCACAAGAUAAGUUUGGCAUUACCAUCCUAAAGCCCAGCCACCAGAGUGUGUCGUCCCAGUGGUUGCUAGGGAAACAGAAGCCUGACAUUACCCCUCCCAACCUCAGAAACCGCAGCUGGCAUGACUUCCCUAGACUAGAGGUACAGAAAAAGAGCCCAGGUCCUCCGUUUGGUACUGAUAUUGGACGAGGUUUGAGUCUGAGAGAGAGGUCUGGUGGUUCUGAAGCACAGCGUCAACCUGUCAAGAGCUGCCCUAAAGUCGUGGAGAUGAGGGAACUGUACCAACACCGACAAUUCACCACACCACUCAAAAAUACUGUAGACACACGACUGAAGGAAUACAUCCAGAGUUUGAUGGAGAGGGAGCAGCGAUCAGAGGAGAUGAAAGUCAAAGACCCGCGCACGGAGGAGGAGAGUGUUAAUGCCAGUGAUCUGCUCAAUCUGGUCCUGUCUUUUGCAGAAGAAGAGGAUGCAGGUCACACCUUUGACAAGAGGACUUCAGUGGACAUAGCCAAUCAGUACAGCCAAGGAGUUGGAGCCCUAAUUGACCAGUCAGACAUUUCAGAAGACACAGCCACAGUAGCUAGUGACAGUUUUACUAAGGGAAAGGAGUCAAAAUGGACUGAAAGACUUGCACAGUACAGACAGGAGAUGUGUGAGGAGCAGGCUUUUAGAGAAGCUCUGAGGAAGAACAACAUUGUUCCUUUUUUCCACCCAGAAAAUAUUCUAUUAUACCAGAAUCUGCUACAGCACCAAACACCAGACAUGAGGAGUCUAUCCAUGGAUCUCCCUCCGAUCCCCAAGUCAGACAGUGCUGAGGCCUUCUUGAAAGAUGCCCCACAGGAGAACACCCCACGGCCCUUAAACCCAACACCCUCUCAGUCUGCAAGUCAUGCAGGAGGAAGUGACAGGAUGCUUAAGAAAAGGCCCACCAACCCCACGCCUCAGACUGCUGGUGAAAGCAGUCUUAGGGAUUCAUCUGGGCAAUGUAAGUCAGUCCAGGUGGAUGUGACUGGAAAGCUCAGGAGGACUAAAGUCAAACUACCAACCUCUAUCCUCAGCUCUAAGCCUCGCAGCAUACCAAAUCAACAGUACCUGUCAGUGGAAGAGCCAGUGAGGAGGAAGUGUCGAACAAUUUCUCAGACUGAUCCAAAUGUCAUAGUGAGGGGAUUCCAGCUCCUACCCUCCAGUGUUGACUUUGGCACACUGCAGGAGGGCACCUCCUCAGCCAUUACUGUGGUGAUGAAGAACGUGGGUGUUGACACCUGCAGGUUCCAUGUGAAACAGCCUCCUCCUGCUACAGGCCUCCGUGUCAUCUACAAUCCUGGGCCUGUGGCUGCAGGUUUGCAUGUUAAACUGCAGGUUCAGCUGUUUGCCAUGUGUGAAGUCCAAGCAGGAGAGGUAGAGCCAAAGAAGUACCAGUCCCAGGAUAUCAUCAUCCACACUGAGACGGACAUCCUCUACCUGCCUGUCACUGCUACCAUCCUUCCUGAGAGGUUAUAUGACAUUUGGCACAAGGACCACACCAGUACACACAAGAAGAAAGACUCCAGGGUCAGUCAACUGUCUUCCAGCCUACCAGUUGGACGGGGGCGCUGUACAGCCACACAGACGACUCGGAACACUCUUGACCAGUCCUUCAGCAAACAUGGGACACCCUAAACGUACCACUCUUCUGUGUGGAAUCAUCCUCAUCCUACCACACUCCUCUCUUUUAUUCCACAAACAUUCAAUAUUUUAAUGGAUUUUUAUAUUCGCCUCUGUUCCAAAUAAAAUCUUUAUCAACACUGAAA